UGAAGGCACUCCUUACGGUCCACACCAAAUAAAAGCUCACUCUUUGUACUACUUGUUUCUCUUCCUGAUUGUUUGCUUUUUGUGUCUAGAGUUUAUAAGUGAUAAUAUUGCCAGAAAUGAAUUUUCCUGUCAUCGGCUUUGUUAUGGAUCGUCGGUGUGAUGACGUCAUCUCGUGUUUGUUUGUUGAACCUUAAGCAAAAGCUUAUAAGACUUUUCGCUUAAGCAGAGUUUACAAGUUAUUCCAUUUUCUACUCAAAAUAUUGGUUUUCCACUUAGAUAAAAAGUAGCAGAACUUGUAGAGUUAUGCCUUUUCCUAUGAAGAUUCAACCUGUUGACUUCAAUACUAUCGAAGAACCGGGUGGUCAAUACGACUCGUUUAAACCGGUUCAAAAGUCACGGUUCAAGCGACUAUUCGAAAAGCAAUUUUCAGGACUUUUGAGAUCAUCUGCACCAGAGAUUGGUAAUAAAAAGGAUUUGUGUGAAGAAUUUGAACCGAGCUCUGUUUGUUUGGCUAAAAUGGUACAGAGUUUUAUUGAAGAAGGUGAGGAUAAACAUAAGUGCAAGUGCAAUCGGAACCGAUGCAAGUGCUUUAAUUGUAAUAAUGGAACUGAUAGCUCUGAAGAGGAAGCUGAUUCCGUGAAUUGCUUUGGUGAAUCGAAUCAGAAUUGCUGUGGUGAUGCUUGUGAAAUCCUUAAGAAUUUGGUGUCAUGUCCUUCCGCCUUUGAAAGGAAUGUCUUAGUGGAUGUUACAAAGAUCAUUGAGAAAAACAGGAUGGUUAAGCGAAAGGACAAUUUUGUCCGAAAGAUGGUUGUUGAUGGCCUCUUAGCUCUGGGAUAUGAUGCUUCAAUCUGCGAGUCUCGCUGGGAGAAAACUCCUCCAACUCCUGCUGGAGCUUAUGAAUAUAUUGAUGUGGUGAUUGAAGGAGAACGACUUCUAAUCGAUAUCGAUUUCAGAUCAGAGUUUGAAAUAGCAAGAUCAACCAGAUCAUACAAAUGUCUUCUCCAAAUGCUUCCUAACAUUUUCGUAGGCAAAGCAGAUCUCCUUCAGAAGAUUAUUCAUUUGCUGACAGAGGCUGCAAAGCAGAGCUUGAAGAAGAAAGGAAUGCCUUGUCCUCCAUGGCGUAAAGCUGAAUACGUGAAAGCUAAAUGGCUGUCGACCUACACUCGUAUCACCCCAGUUCUAAUGCCCGUUGAGUCAAACGUUGCUUCUGAAACUGUCACUGCUUGUAAAACCAAUCAACAAGCCGUAAAGGUGGAGACUUUAGAGGAUUCUUAUGUGGAGUUGAAUCUGGUUUUUGGAAAGAGCAGCCCUUUGGCGGAGAAUAACGCCAAGAAUGUGAGUACAUCUCCUCUGUUUGCUUGUGGUGAAGAUGAAAAGAAUGUGAUGGUGAAGCAAGGCGGCGAUCCUCCAGAGGUUAAACACAAGGAUUCAAGCAACUGUACCAGGAAGAUAACUGGUUUAACUUCUCUGAUUGAAGACCAAACAUAAAAUUUUGACCUAAUUUCUAACCCUUUUUCUAUAUUUUGUUGUUAUGUUUCUAUGUUUCGAGUUGAAAACCCCGUGUGUUUUAGUAUUUUGGGGCUAAUUUGAAACUACGGACCACCUGCCUGCUGGUUUUGUGUUGGCGGUUUCCCUUCGUAUUUUAUAGUAAGGGUCUAUGAGUCCAUGCUACUAAUACAACUACAUAGUCGAUAGAUUAGUAAGGUAGAGCUGGUAAUGUCUUGUCAUUUUGGUUCUUGGAUAUUUUUCAACCGAGUGUUUUGCAUAAAUGUUCAUGGCAGCAAACACUUGUUAGCUUGUAGUAUUACUGAUAUAAUGACAAUAAACUCUGCAAUUAUUGCAGUA